CGACAGGCCGCAGGCGUCGUUUAAUUGUGAUAGUUCGACUGCGGCAUGUUUAGCAUUUCUUAACUAAACUUUAACAUUUAAAUUUAAGUAAUUACUUUGUGACGAAUUAAGUGUUUUUCCGUAUUAGAGUUAACUUACUGUAACAUAAGUGUUCUAAGAUGCAAACAGGAAGUGGUGCGAAAAAUCCGCCAUGGGCGCGUUCUAGCGUCAACACUAACAUGACCGGCAUGAAUCCUCAAAUAAUGGAUGCCAGUACAAUGAUGUCGCAACAGGGUAUUAUGCCAUUUCAACAGACUGCAGCGGUUUUUAACCCAAGUAUGAUGCAAACGCAAGGAGGAAUGGCGAUGUCGAUGCCAGGACAAAUGCCUAUGAAUCAGAUGGCUCAAGGUCAAAUGUACCCCGGUAAUGUUGUGGCGUAUCCUGCACCACGGGCUAUGAACCCGAGCAUGUACCAAAACACAUCUAAUCAAACCCAGCAGCAGAAUGAGCAAAGAGUCUUUACCGGCACUGUAACUAAAACCCAUAACGAUUUUGGUUUUGUAGACCAAGAUGUAUUUUAUCAGACUUCAGUAUGCGCCAAAGGAAUAAUACCUAAAGUUAAUGAUAGAGUGCUUGUUGAAGCAACAUAUAAUGCUAAUAUGCCAUUUAAAUGGAAUGCGGUUCGGGUACAAGUUCUUCCUAAGACUGCAGGUCCUAACCAAAAAAUUGGUAACCAAAAAUCAAAUUCAUACAAUGCUGUCCCACCACCAUCUAAGAAACCUUUACCUAUUAGGAGAGAUGACAGACGCGAUGACCGCACGUCAAGAAGAGAUGAUAGAAAAAGAUCUCGGACAAGAAGCCGAUCUCGCUCACGCGACCGUCGCGAUAGUCGCAGUCGACGUGAUUCGCCCCCUCGUAAACGUCCAGUCAUACACCAAGCAUCACCUAUCAAGUAUGUUGUCAGAGUACCGAGGAUACCUCUUGAUAUACAAAAAAUGGAUGUGCCAGCGAUAUCACAAAGAUAUAAUAAUCUUUAUAUACCUUCAGAUUUUUUCAAAGUUCAUGUUAAGUGGGGCGAGACUUUCCCACCACAGGCUCCAUUUUCCUUGAAUAAUCCAUGCCAAUACCAUAUUAUGAGUAAAGAAGUCACAAACCCCAAUGAAAACACAGCCGUCUUUGAACCUCCAGAUGCAGAUUAUAGAUUUUCAGCAAAGGUUAUGCUUAUUGGCAUGCCAACAUUGGAAUCACUUUACCAGAAGUGUGGUCUGACAAAGCAGGAUGAAAAGGAUAAACGCAGCAAUAGCAGUAAAAAUCCCCUCCACCCUACAAGAUUGGUUAAAUUUCUAGUAGGUCAAAAAGGGAAGGGUGGUGAAAAUUUUGCUAUCGGUGGCCCUUGGAGUCCAUCAUUGGACGGUGAAAAUCCUGACACUGAUCCUGGAGUCCUCGUAAAGACAGCGAUAAGAACAUGCAAAGCUUUAACAGGAAUUGAUCUUUCUAGCUGUACUCAAUGGUACCGAAUGGUGGAGUUUUACUACUGGCGCGAGGACAAGUCGAGACUAGAGUGUGUGGUCUUGUUCCUGCCCGACGUGUGGUCCGUGCUGCCCACGAGCCUCGAGUGGAAGACCGUCGCGGACCGAUAUAAGGCAGCCUGCGAGCUCGCGCUGAAGCAACUCGACGGAGAAGAAAAUAAUUCCAGCGACAGUGGAGCUCCGGAAGCGGCAGCGACGGCCGAGACACCGGCAUUGGACGGCGACGCGGAGAAAUCCCAAAUUGAUAUAAAAGAUGCUGAUGAUAGUACGAUAACAAUUGAUGAGAAUGAUGAUGAAGAAGAGGCACCAGAACCGACACAUUACUCUAAAAUAGACUUGAGAACAAUCAAGGUUGAUCAACUGAGGCAGGAGCUGCGAGCAAGAAAUGUUAGCUGCAAAGGACUACGAGCUCAAUUAGUAUCACGUUUAUCAAAACUUAUCAAAGCAGAAGAGCAAGAAAGUAACAAUGAUGAUGUGAUGGAAGUGGCUGAUGAUGAAAGUGACCAAGAAAAAUGUAGUGAAGGCAAGGAAGACACUAAAAAGGAAGUUAAUGAUGAAGUAAAUGAUGAAAAUAAAAAUAAUGAUGGCAACACAAAGGCAGAGACAAAACAAACUGAAGAGAAAUCUAACAUAACUGAACCACAAAAAAGCGAAGUUAAAAAGGAAGAGAAAAAGAAAGUGCUGACUGAGAAAGAAAUUGAAGAAGCUAAGAAAAAGUUGGAAAAAGAGAAGCAGACUUUAAAAUCUCAUUAUGAGAUGCCGAGCUCUCCUCAUAUUGUGGUCCACCCGUCAGUUACAGCUAAGAAUGGGAAGUUUGCCUGCAGUGUAGCUACCUUGUCUUUGCUGCUUGACUACCGCAUCACGGACAAUAAGGAACACAGCUUUGAGUUGUUUGUUUUCGCCGAGCUAUUCAAUGAAAUGCUUAUGCGUGACUUUGGAUUUUACAUUUACAAAACUUUGUACACACUGCCCGAGAAAGUAGAAGAGAAAAGCAUUGCAGAGGGCGCAGAGAAAAAGGAUGAAAAGAAAGAUGACAAGGAGAAGAAAGAUGAAAAAGAUAAGAAAGACGACAAAGACAAGAAAGAUGAUAAGGAAAAGAAAGAAGAUAAGAAAGAGGAAAAAGAUAAAAAGGAUGACAGGCGUGAGUCUCGGCGUCGCGAUAUAAAGGAUCCUCACAGCGAUGACGACCGCAGUAGUUCGCCACGCCGCCGCAGCAAGGGAGUGGAACUGCCGCCAGACCCGUACCUCCUGCUUUCCCUGGUGUACUUUGAUACUGCUCGCGGAGGAACCAUCACCAAGAAGGAUUUGCAAAUCUUAUUCAUGAGCCUGGGACUGCAGCUGUCAAGGUCACAGAUACGAGUGGUACUCGAGAAGGUGUGCAUCAAGGACAACUUCAGUUACAAGACGCUGAUCCAGGCCAUCAAAGACUUGGCAUCGGGCACUUCAGAUGCGAUGCAAGAUUUGCCUCUACACACCAUGGUUGUCAACACAGAAGUAUUGCCUCAGAUUGCGAACUUGGAGGCGACAAUAGCAGCCGGCAACAGAAACUUAUUGCCGUUAUUUAAAAGAGAAGGAGACAGCAAUGACGACGAGCCUUCGUCUACUAAAGACAUCUCUGAAACAGGCGUGGUGAUGUACAAGUCGCGCGUGGUGGACGUGGGCGCGCUGGUGACGUCAGCGGCUCGCUGGCAGGCCGAGCGCACGCGGCUGGAGGCGGCGCUCGAACACGCGCGGGGCCAGCUGCGGACCGCACGCGCCGCCGCCGCCAGCACGCAGCAGGCCGAGCGUGGCGCGCAGGCGCAGCUCGCGGAGCUGGCCGCCAGCCUGGCCGCCGCGCGCAGCCGCAUCACCUCGCUCACGGCCAGCUCAAAGAUAUUCCAUUCGGCGCUGAAGAGUAUCAAGAAUAAAGUGGACGCAGUCGUCAACAUUAAAUAUGAAGAUGACGAUGUAGUUGAAGUGGUCAACGGACCCGCCAAGGAAGAGAAAGAGAAAAAAACAGAAGCUGCACCAGAAAGUGACCCAAGUGACAUUAAACAAGAAACAGCCGCUAGCGAUGAAACUAAAAGCAAACCUGCUGAAGAACCGCUCGAUACAAAGGAAGUAGACAUUACUACCGCAGAAAAUAUGGACCUAGAUGAUAAAGAGUAAAUGAUUAAAUAAUGUCUUACAAUUAAUAAAAUACCGCUUAACA